GAAAUACAACCACAGAUUAUGAUAAUUGAGAAUUGAUUAUAGAAACUGAGCAGCCAAAUGAAUAUUAGAGAAUCAAGUCAAAAUAAGCCAACUCAACAACUAACAUAAGUUCUCCACUUACUAUCUCUCUAAAUUCAUAGAUCAGCCGAAAGCGUAGCAGUUGCCGGCGAAAAAAUGGAAAAACAUUUAAUUCAACCGGCAGUGGCUGCACUUGUUUCAUCGGUAAUCGCCAUUAGAGCUCACAAACGGAAGUCUCUCAACUUGUCCGGCGCCAUUUCUGGAUUCAUUGUCAUGUUUAUUCACCUUGCCGUUAAUUACAGGUUUGGAGCAAUGUUGCUGGUGUUCUUUUUUACUUGUUCAAAGUUUACCCGAUUUGGAGAAGAUAGAAAGAGGAAACUUGAUGCUGAUUUUAAAGAGGGUGGUCAACGCGAUUGGAUUCAAGUCUUCUUCAACAGUGGCAUUGCUACCCUAUUGGUUCUGACUGCAUGGAUGUUGAUUGGGUCACAGGACAAGUGUCUGGAUUCAAAAGAGUCACGCAUAAUAACAUCUUUAAUUGGUGGUAUCAUUGGUCAGUAUUGCUGCUGCAAUGGGGACACAUGGUCUUCAGAGCUUGGGAUACUUAGUAACGAGGAGCCUCGGCUUAUUACAACCUUCAAGCCUGUUCGAAGGGGUACAAAUGGUGGAGUGACAAAAGCAGGACUCUUGGCUGCAGCAGCAGCAGGCGCUGUCAUUGGAUUCACAUUUGUAGUCCUGGGAUUUUUCACUACAAAAUGCACAUCUGAUGUGACUGUAAAGCAGCUUUUGGUGAUACCGCUUUCUGCACUGGCUGGAGUAUGCGGUAGUGUUAUUGAUUCUUUAUUGGGAGCAACACUGCAAUUCAGUGGAUUCUGUACUGUUCGGAAGAAGGUGGUUGGGAAGCCAGGGCCAACUGUGAAGAGAAUAUCUGGUCUUACUGUCCUUGACAAUAAUACCGUGAACCUCGUAUCGAUAUUGCUGACAACAGCUAUAACCUCAUUUGCCGCCUUAUGCAUUUUCUGAGUGUAUCCACCCGACUCAAUAUAAAUUCUGCAGAAUUUUGUAUUCAUCGUUCAACAAUGUAGAGGAUUCUGACCAUGCAAUAAAUGCUACUUACUUUCAGAAUCCAUAUCGA